GCAACAUGUUGGUCUUAGCGUGCUUCGAAAGACACCAGCUGCGAAGUGUCUUCAGGUCUGGCAGAGGAGCUUCCUGCAGCCGCGCGCAGCAGGUGUCGUAUGGUUCUUACGCCGAGACGUCGGACGAGCUUGAAGCAAUAGACGAUGAGGUUCUGGAAGCAAACGGCUUCUUUCCACUCGCGAAUGCGGACUCGGGAGCGGGAGGAAGUGAAACUGAAACUGAAAGGAUCUCGUGUUUUCUCGAAAUUUCCACAGCCCACAUUGCCGCUCUACUCGAGGCGACUGUUCACUUGGACUCUGACUUCGUAGCCGGACUGCAGAAGAGCGCUGCAACUCACUCGUCUUCUCAGCGAACA